AAGACGUAGUUGACGAUGUCGAGUGAAAAAUCAACUGCUCCCGAGACUAGUGUGGGGAGUUCCCAGGCUUUACAGGCAGCGGAUGAGGAUAACGUGAAGUCCUGUUGGGUGUGCUUCGCCACGGAGGCAGACGACAGGCUGGCGGCGUGGGUGCAGCCGUGCAAAUGCAUUGGAACUACAAAAUGGGUACACCAAAGCUGCUUGCAGAGGUGGGUGGACGAGAAACAGCGUGGCAACAUCACGAGAAAGGUGCUCUGUCCGCAGUGUAAAGCGGAGUAUAUUGUAGUGUUCCCAUCAAUGGGAGCCUUCGUCGCGCUACUCGAUGCCUUGGAGGAAAUCACCCAUAAGAUCUGCCCGUUCAUCGCUGGCGGAGUUCUUUUGGGUUCAAUCUAUUGGAUCGCCAUCACUUAUGGAGCUGUUACAGUUAUGCAGGUAGUCGGUCACAGAGAAGGUCUGGAAAUGAUGGAGUCAGCAGAUCCACUGGUGCUUCUGGUCCUGCUGCCUACCAUUCCGGUAACCCUCAUCAGCGCCAAGAUGUACAACUGGGAAGAUUCCGUCCUGCUUUUCCUUAGGAAAUACUGUGCGAAGAUUCCCGUUUUGGCGUACAUACUGCCAUUUGGCAACGUGGAAGGCGACAGAGGCGCCGUAGUGACAGGUCAAUCCAGUCAUCAGCAGAACCAAAACAGCCAUCAUCUAUCUCCCACGCGGAUCUUCUGCUCUGCCCUCUUACUCCCAACCAUAUCUACCAUAAUAGGCAAAAUUUUCUUCCGUUCCGUACAGAAUAAUCUCCACAGAACAAUCCUAGGUGGUCUUACGUAUAUAACAAUUAAAGGCGCGUUAAAAAUAUAUCACAAACAAAUGUUAUAUAUUAGGCAUUCGAGUAGAAAGAUUUUAGAUUAUACGGAAUCGAACUUGAAACUUUAUAGGGGUACGACAUCAACAACAGACGCGGUUUCAAGCACAAGGGACGAAACAGAGCAAGUUGUCUAAUUAAGGUUGAAUUACAUUCAUAUUUUGUAUUAGAAGUUUGUCUGACGUGCAAAUAAACCACUACUUUGCCAGAUACCGUCUUUAUUUUAAUGUACAGCAAAGACCACACGUGAUGUGUAAUGAAGUCUGAAAUGUUAGAUUAGAAUCGCUAUCACAUGUGAAUUCUAGGAAAAAAAUUCCCAAAAAAGGAUGUUUCUAAAGUGAAACGGACCCUUUAAAAAUAACUCGUGAAAUUCAACAACGGUACCUUUUUUAAACAUCACCAGACAAAUGAAUUGUCAGUUACUAUGAGUACUAACAUCGGCAGCGAAAUCACUAAUGAGAUAAGAAGGUAGCUCAGUUUCCACUGUUAUACCUAGCGCCCUCUAGUGAACGUUGAAAUGCGUUCACAAAGCACGUCACUUUUAAACAUCGAGUAUAUAACUAGAAAUCUUUAUUUUUUUCCAUCCUCUAAGCUAGAAAUAGAGACGAAAUGUCAUUUAAAUUGUUUGAAAACUAUUCUGCCAAAUCAUUACUGUGACAACUGCGCUCCUAUUUGCUAACCCGAAUUGACGGGUGUCUUCAAUUAGCAGCCAGCCAAGUUCCUUGCAAUUCACUUGACGUGGAAAAACUGAAUGACCUACACAAAGUUGAACGGGAAUGGCAGACCUGGAUGAUGAGUUUUACUUUUUAAACGUUAAUUAUUAUCUCUGGCUGGCUAGAUAACAUCUAACAAGAGCGAGAUAGAACUACAUACUAAAUCAUAUUAAAGAAAUAGACAGGUGUACUAUCGUGGGAGCGUUCAAGUACUAUUAACCGAUUGUGUACAAAAUGAGAAUAAUUAUAUUUUUUUAUUAAUUU